AUGGUAUCCCAUCACGCUAGAAAUUCAAUCAAAACUAAAAAAUAACUCAUUUCGAAGCAAAGUCACAAUCCAAGAGCAAGCGUGAGCUCUAGAGGAAGUUAGCCGUCAUUCGUGCUUGUGAGCGUUAGAAAGACAAAGUAGAGGCAAAGAGUAGAAGAAGUGAUUUGCAGAGUUAUUAACCCUUGAUAAUCUAUCUUGCUUGCCUCCAUCCAUGUCUGGCAAGGCAUGGCGGAUCAUUCCAAGGCCUCUAAUGGAAACAGUCCUCAACAACCACGCUCAGCACCACCGCGUGCCUCAACCUCUCAUCCUCCACGGCCCCCGCGGCGUCGGCAAAACCACCCUUAUCCUCGAACGUCUGUUUGAGAAAUGGAACACCGACCCACACAUCACCGGUUAUGUUGACUUUGCCGAGUCGAUAGAGGAUUAUCAUCCAAAGCAUGGUCACUCCUACCCAUGGACAUCAUGGACAAUGUGUCCAUCACCUAAACUUGUUACUCUUGAGGCUCAGCUUGAAAGCUGCCUCGAGGCCAUGACUAAAAGGGCCAUCAAGCUUGGGACCAUUAGCUCGCACCAAAUAUUCACCACUCUCAUCAAAUGGCACAGUCCGACCACUGCACUUAACAAAAUAUUGAACGUUGAUUCGGGUUCCAAAAUGCAUUUAAUGGCAAAGAAGAACAGGUUUUCCACAUCAAAUCUGUGGGAGACUGCUGUGUUUAGGUUUUGUGCUGGACUGAGUGAACAAGAGUUAGAUGGGGUUUUAGAUAAGAGAAUUACUGUGGAGGAGGGAUCACAUCACAAGGAGGCCAUGGCGGCUCUAAAAUUGGCUAAAGAAGUGAUUAGAGUUCAAGGGAAGUGGAGAGAGAAUGCAAUUCGAGAUUUGAACAGUAAGGGUGGAUUCUCAAGGUCCCUGGCAAAUUCGGCCACUGAUUGGCCUUGUUUGUUGCUUGAAAUAUUGUCUUUGGCAGCUGAAAUGGACUAUUUCCAGCCGAAGCUCGUGAUAAACAACAUUGAGCUUUUGAAGAAUGCUGUUACAGAGGAUGAUAGAAAAAUAUGUGGAUCCAUGUACCAUGAUAGUCUGAUUUGGAGAAUAAUAGCUUUGGGUGCAAAUGAGAGAUGUCUCCCUGUUGUGCUUGUGACAUCUGACAGCUACUACUCCUACAAAGCUUUUAUGGAUUUUGGAUUUCCAGAUAUCUUCAUCUCCCGUGAGACAUUUGGGUGGACCCCAGCGGAGGCAAAAUUGCAUAUGGUUGAUGACUAUUUUAGUCAAUCUGAGUGGGACCUAAUUGUUGAGGUACUGGGGCCAAAUCCACGACAUCUUUUUGAGGUUUAUGCACUCAAGCUCAGCAAUUAUUAUCAGAAGUUGAACUACGAUAAUACAUUUGAAGAUAUCAUUGAUCUCUAUCUGGCAUAUUUGCAAGUAAAUGUGGUUAACCCUGCCAUGGAUAAGGCCUUGUUGUUCUUGGAGAAGUUCGCUGUUGACGCACAAAGUGGAAAAAUUUCAAAAGAUCGGUUACGAUUUGGUUCUCCUUGGCGGCAUCCCCCCAAAACUGAUAUCACAUCAUGGGCUAGAAUUCAGUUAAUGGACUUCGUUCAGUCCUUAGUGAAUGCAGGAUUUUCUGUUAACUAUUUUGCUGACUGGAGUCUUGAGUUCUUGGAGGAUCCCUCUGCUCUUGCCAUGCUAGAGGUUGGUUUGUUGUACACCCAGCGCGACCCCUCCUAUAUUCGCCCAGUCACACGUGGUAUUCAGAGAUGCCUUGCUUGUUCAAGAACGGUUAGGUCUGAACUUCACAAAUUCCAUUCUUUACCAUUGGCAGCGCACUGUGGCAAAGAGGUAUAUGGCUCUAGUGCACUCAUUGGUUAUCAAACUAGAGAAAGUAAUUGCUUCUUGAUACCUGGUUUUCGAAGAAGUUUCUAUGCCUCUGUUCUUAUAGAGAAAAUAUUGGUUUUGAAGUACGGCUCACUGCAAUCGCUAGUUUGUCAUGUGAUGAUAUUCAUGGUUUAUGCUCUUGAUUCCGCUGAAAUAUGGGUAAUGUAAUUAAUGUUUCCUUUUCCAAUGUCAGGGUCGAAAAAAAAAUAAAAAAAAAUGUAGAAAUCGAGUAUGUCAUGUUGCAUAAAUAUCAUAUUAGCAACACAAUGCUGAUGGUGAGGCUGAAAUUUUGGAUGUAUGGGUAUAUGAUUGUUCUUGAUAUGAGUAUCAAUGCUAUUUGGCAUGAUCACAGGUGUUUUUUCGAAAUGAGAUGACCGAGUCUGGCUAAGAUAUCAAAUAAAC